AUGAAGGUGCUGCUGCUGAUGAUGGUGGUGAUGAUGGAGAAGGGCUGCGUCUGUGAGACGGCGCCACGGCCCCGCCGCCUCGUCGAAAGGGACGCUCAGCACCUCCGCCUCCGCCUUGGCUUCAAGAAGAAGACUGCAGCCGCCACGGCCGCGCGUGGCGUGAAGGCGCGCCAGCACGUAGUAGCGGCCGGAGGGCACCAACUCCAUCGCACCGCGGAGGACCUCGAGCGCCGUUGA